AUGCCUGGUGAAACCGCUCCCCUUACUAUCUCUUCCCUUGAAAGCAUUGUGUUCACUAAUCAACUAAUAGUACAAGCAAUUAAAAGCCUUAAACCUUCCACUAGUACGGGACCGGAUGGCCUAGCUUCGAUAAUUUUCAAAAACAGUGGGUGUGAUAUACCCUUGUUACUUCUUAAAUUCUUCUCAAUAUCUAUGGACACUGGCACUUACCCUAGUGAGUGGAAAACUAGCUUCAUAAUUCCACAUUACAAAUCUGGUGAUAGGGCAAACGUCCGCAAUUACAGACCCAUAAAUAUAACCCCAGUUAUCUCACGAAUCAUGGAGAAAGUUGUAAAAGAUCAACUGUCAGACUACCUAAUUAGGGAAGAUCUUGUUACAAGGUCUCAACACGGAUUUCUCAAAAAUAGAUCCUGCGUUACUUGCCACUUCGACUUUUUCAACUGCAUCACUAGUAGUCGCGAAGCACGUAAGCUAGUCGUUGUUCUCUACUUCGAUAUAUCUAGGGCAUUUGACAUGGUAUCUCACAGUAUUCUCUUUGAGAAGCUGUACUCUUGUGGAAUCCGCAACCCAUUACUGAACUGGUUAAAAUCAUUUCUUAGCAACAGGGUACAAAUAACCAAAGUUGGAUCUGUAUUGUCUCAUCCUAGGCAGAUCUCAAGUGGGGUUGUGCAAGGUAGUGUCCUAGGUCCACUUUUAUUCACAGUCUACAUUAACAGCAUUUGCAAGUGCUUCACCUCAGGUAAACCAUUCCUAUAUGCUGACGACCUCAAAGUCGUCUACUCCUGCUACACUCAUGAAUUAAGCGAUAUGGUUACUAAAAUACAUCUUGAACUAAGUAGCCUUGCAACGUGGUGUGCUGAAUCCUGUCUAAACUUUAACAUUGACAAAUGCGGCUGGAUUUGUAUCGGCAACAGUAACCUUGAUCUAACUCUUGAAAUAUAUGGGCGAAAACUAGCUAAGCUCAACUCAGUCGUAGAUCUCGGUAUUAGAUACUCUAGUAACCUAACGUUCGCUGAACAGACUGAUUAUGCCAGACGUAAAACGCGAAGGCUGAUAGGAUGCAUAACACGCAAUUUCUUUUGUUGUGAAACUAGGGUUUUAUUAUACAAAGUAUGUGUCCGACCUAUCUUAGAAUACUGCCCGUUUAUUCUUAGCGGACUCAGACAAAAUGACAAGCUUAAAUUAGAGGGAGUGCAACGCCAGUUUACCUCAAGAACUCUUGGUUUAGAAAGUGGUCUGGAAUACUAUGAGCGAUGCGAAAGACUAAGAUUAGAACCCCUCUGGAAAAGACGCCUUAAGCUAAACCUUAUCUUUUACUACAAGCUAACUAAUCUUCUCUUGCAUUCCUCCGAGCCAAUAACUAAACCUACCGCUGUCAUCAGUUACAAUCUUAGAAAUCAUCACAACCUAGCUGCUAUGGAGCACUGUCAGACUUACGUGCGGUACAACUUCUUCUUAAAUAAGUUUUCAGUCAUUUGGAAUAGACUACCAGCUAAUGUGCGCGAUGCAAACACACUUCCAGUGUUCAUCUCCUCAGUCAUCAGACUGCUCAAAGAUGACAAUGCACUUUUGCGCCUGACUCUUACACCUUCUUUUUCACCAUACAUAGAUAUUUUAAGUUCUUUAAAC